AUGAGCCGGAGCAUUCCUGUGGAGGUUGAUGAAUCGGAGCCAUACCCAGGUCAGCUGCUGAAGGCCACCCCAGAACACUCCCUAGACGGGGGACCAGAACCACCUACUCCAGAUGAAGGGAACACGGCACCCGACAGCUUAUCGACACCCCAGGCCCGUCACUGCUCCUCCGGGGACUUUUCUCGAGUUCAGCUGCCCCUGGGACUGGUACGCCACCAGCGGCCUGUGUCCCAGCAGGUCACCUGUCUGCACACGACGGUUCUGGAGGAGAGUGAAGACAGCUUCUGCAGGAGACACCCAGAUGCCGGCAGAGGUUUCCCCUUGGGCCCCUCUGCAGCUGGGGAGGCUGGACCCGUCGGGGCCUUCCCUACAGAGCCUCGGUUUUCGUUUAUGGGAAAACGUGAUCAAUGGCUGGGAUCUCAGCUUUCAGCAGCUUUUCCUGACACUGGCUGUGACUCAAACGAAUCAGACCAAAGUUUACCCAAUGCCUCAGCAGACUCUCUGGGCAGCAGCCAAGAGACGGGGCCAGGGCCCCAGCCCCCUGGGAACCGGGCAGGCCUGGACCUGCCAACUGUAGACACAGGAUAUGACUCCCAGCCCCAGGACGUCCUGGGCCUCAGGCAGCUAGAGAGGCCGCUGCCCCUCACCUCCGUGUGUUACCCCUGGGACCUCCCCAGACCCCUCAGGUCCAGGGAGUUCCAUCAGCAUGAGCCUCUGGGGUACCCAAUGUGUGUACAGAUGCUGCCUCCCGGCCCUGCCCCACCUGCUCUGUGGAACCACUGUCCCGGAAGCCCAGAUCGCCAGGUGCCAUACGGCCAUGACUACCUUCAAGCCGCCCACCAGCAAGUGGUCCAGCCGGCCCCGUCGGGGCAGCCCCUACCUGGAGCCAGCGCGAGAGGCCUGCACUCUGUGCAGAGGGUUAUUCUCAAGUAUCCAAGCCCCUGGGACCAAGAAGAGAAGCCUGCACAAAGAUCCUGCUCCUUUGCAGGGUAUCCAAGGCAUGAGGAUCAGCGGCAGGACCAGCUACCUCCCAGAGCCGGAGCCCCUGGGCAGUCCUGGAAGGGUCCCCAGGCUGUGUCCCCAGUUGCUGUACCCAGACCCCCUAGUCACCCUGCAGCCAGAGGAACUCUGAAAACAAGCAACUUGCCCGAGGAACUGCGGAAAGUCUUCAUCACUUACUCAAUGGACACAGCCAUGGAGGUGGUGAAAUUCGUGAACUUUUUGUUGGUAAACGGCUUCCAGACUGCGAUUGACAUAUUUGAGGACAGAAUUCGAGGCAUUGACAUCAUUAAAUGGAUGGAGCGCUACCUCCGAGAUAAGACAGUGAUGAUCAUUGUGGCCAUCAGCCCCAAGUACAAACAGGACGUGGAAGGUGCCGAGUCGCAGCUAGAUGAGGAUGAGCACGGCUUACACACCAAGUACAUUCACCGCAUGAUGCAGAUCGAGUUCAUCAAACAAGGAAGCAUGAACUUCAGAUUCAUCCCUGUGCUCUUCCCAAAUGCUAAAAAGGAGCACGUGCCCACCUGGCUUCAGAACACGCACGUCUACAGCUGGCCCAAGAAUAAGAAGAACAUCCUUCUGCGGCUAUUGAGGGAGGAGGAGUACGUGGCUCCUCCCCGGGGCCCCCUGCCUACACUCCAGGUGGUGCCCUUGUGACCCUCCCCCCAGAUCCAGGGCAUGU